AUGGCCAGCAAAGUCGACCGAAUCGUCGCCCGCUUGCAGGAGAAGAUUACCGAUGGCGAUUUCUACGAAGCCCAGCAGCAGACCCGCGUGGCGGCUUCCCGCUACAUCAAGACUCAGAACUGGCCCGCCGCCAUCGACAUCCUCUCCAAUGUUGCACAGUCGCUGCUGAAAGCCGGGCAGGGCGGCAGUGGAGGCGACCUGUGCAUCAUGAUGGUGGAUGUGUACAAGCAGGCCGAGCUGAAGCCGGAUGCUGCCGCCAAGGGCAGACUUCUGACUUGCCUUCGGUUGUUUGAAGCUGGAGAGCCGACGAGGAAGACAUUUAUCACAGAGUUGAUGGCUUGGUCAUCGAAAUUCGGCGAGUAUCCUGCCGGUGAUCCCGAGCUUCACCAUGUUGCGGGUUCGUUGUUUGCCGAGGAGCACGACACAUACGAGGCAGAGAAACACCUGAUCAUUGGAACGAGAGAUUCGCCGGAAGUACUUGUCAAGAUGGAAUAUGAAUGGUACAAGGAAGGAGAGGUACACCUGGCUGCGCACUUCGCCGCCCGUGCCAUUAUUCCCUAUCUUCUAGUGGGCAACGUCCGCGCCGCCAACACCUCUUACCGCCUCUUCACAAGCGCCCUGAGCGACGACAACGAUAGCCUCGGCGUCCAGUUAGUAUCUAGCUCGGGCUCCGACAUUCGUGUCUUUCCUAGCCUACCCCUUCUGAACUUCCUUGGUCUGCUACUCCUUGCAAUUCAAAGGGGAGCUCCAGAGGUGUUCAAGGGCCUUAUUUCCAGGUACGCAACACAACUCUCAGAAACCGACGGCGCGUGGUCGGAGUCUUUGGACCUCAUUGGAGAGAUGUACUUCGGCAUCGUGAGGCCAAGGCAGAGCAACCCGUUGAUGGACAUGAUGAGCGGUCUGUUUGGCGGAGGUGCUGGCGGCGCCCAACAGCCCCAGCGCAGGACCCUGCGAGGGAAUGACGGCCCGGCACCAGUUGGGUUAGAUUAA